CAACAGUCUCCAGUGAUUUAAAUAAUUGAAACACUUAUUGUACACAUUGUAACAGUAAUUUUAAGUGUGAAUAUGUCGACUGAUCAGGAAAAAGACCCCGCCGUCGUCAACCUACAGAAUUAUUUGAGAAUACGCACUGUACAUCCUAAUAUUAACUAUGAUGAGUGUCUCAACUAUCUUCGUGCGCAGGCAUCAGAGUUGGGACUACCAGUACAAGUGGUGGAAGCUGUCCCCAAGAAACCGGUUCUGGUUAUGACCUGGGAGGGCUUGGACCCAGGUCUGCCGAGUAUUCUACUGAACUCCCAUAUGGACGUGGUUCCAGUGUUCGAAAAAAGUUGGACAUAUCCGCCAUUUGAGGCGCGCAUUGUAGACGGAGUGAUAUACGCGCGCGGCGUUCAAGAUAUGAAGUCCGUUGGUAUUAUGUACAUUGAAGCGCUGAAGCGGCUGAAAAACAAAGGCACCAGGCUCAACAGGACUGUACAUCUGUCGUUUGUACCUGAUGAGGAGAUUGGCGGUGCCAAAGGUAUGGGCGAGUUCGUGAAAACCGAACAGUUUAGGAAGCUGAACGUGGGCUUCGCUCUGGACGAGGGUAUGGCGAAUCCCACUGAUGAUUACCUGGUCUACAACUCUGAGAGGAGCAUCUGGCAUAUGACCGUAAUCUGUCCCGGCAAGUCCGGACAUGGCUCGCUACUGCUUCCAGACAACAAUGGAGAAAAGAUCAGGUAUAUAAUAGACAAGUUCAUGGACCUGCGCAAGGAGUCAAAAGUCAAACUGGAGAAGAAUCCUGAACUGACCGUGGGUGACGUCACUACUGUCAACCUCACCAUGCUUCAUGGCGGAAUCCAGAACAACGUGGUGCCAGAGAAACUAUCAGUCAGCUUCGAUAUACGUAUAGCCACGUCUGUCAAUCUACAGGAAUUCGAAGAUAUGAUCAAACGCUGGUGCACCGAGGCCGGAGAAGGUGUAUAUUAUACAUUCGAUCAAAAAGAUCCCUACGUGGCUCCAACCAAGACAGACGAUUCCAAUCCUUAUUGGGCUGCAUUUAAGGGUGCUUUCGACAAGUUGAAACUGCCUAUCAAGAUCCGCACAUUCCCCGGUGGAACCGACAGCCGGUUCAUCCGCGAAGUUGGCAUCCCAGCUCUGGGUCUUUCCCCAAUCACGAGAACCCCAUUGGAACUUCACCAGCAUAACGAAAGCUUACGCGUGGAGACUUUCCUACACGGCAUCACCGUUUACGAAUCUCUUAUACCCGCAAUUGCUAACUUAAAUUAAAAUGUCUGUUGAAUGCA